UGUGUCUCGUCGCUCGUCGUCUGCCAAGACAAGACCCAAGCCAAGAAGAGUUCUAGUGUUCUAGUCUAGAUUUUUAUGUGCAUUUUUGAAUAGCUUUAAAUUUCAAUUGAAUCACUAACAUUAUAUAUAGGCCUAUGUAAAAUUUAACCGAAUUAAUUGAAGUCAAGUGUUUAUUGAAGUAAAGGGUUUUGAAGGAAAUACAAUGUUGUGAAAUAUAUUUUAAAAGGCCAACCUUUACAAUGCCUCUAGUCAAAGUUGUUUUGCUGGUUGUGGGCUCGUUUAACCCACCAACUGUAAUGCACCUAAGAAUGCUAGAAAUUGCCAGAGACUAUUUGGAAAAAACUGGACAGUUCAAAGUUAUUGGUGGUCUCAUGUCCCCUGUUCACGACAAAUACGGUAAAAAAGACUUGGCAUAUUCCUCUGACAGAUGUGAAAUGGUCCGAUUGGCUCUCAACACCUCAAACUGGAUAAAACUAAGUGAAUGGGAAAGUAGGCAAGACCAUUGGACAAGGACAAGAUUAGUGCUGCAACAUCAUCAGAACCAGUUGAACGCAGCACUGUCGUGUAACGAGACGCCCAACAAGAGACAGCGAUGUGAGGAGCAACAGUGGCUCAGUCAUGUGUUGGAACAUUGCAACAGAGAUGACAAGGUGGUGAACCAGUUGAACGCAGCACUGUCGUGUAACGAAACGCCCAACAAGAGACAGCGAUGUGAGGAGCAACAGUGGCUCAGUCAUGUGUUGGAACAUUGCAACAGAGAUGACAAGAACCAGUUGAACGCAGCACUGUCGUGUAACGAGACACCCAACAAGAGACAGCGAUGUGAGGAGCAACAGUGGCUCAGUCAUGUGUUGGAACAUUGCAACAGAGAUGACAAGAACCAGUUGAACGCAGCACUGUCGUGUAACGAAACGCCCAACAAGAGACAGCGAUGUGAGGAGCAACAGUGGCUCAGUCAUGUGUUGGAACAUUGCAACAGAGAUGACAAGGUGGUGGUCAAACUUCUGUGUGGAGCUGAUGUCAUUCAGUCCUUCAGUGUGCCCAACCUCUGGCUGGACCAGGAUAUUGAAACGAUAGUAGGAGAACAUGGUUUGGUUGUCAUAACAAGGGAAAAUAUUAAUGCCUCCAAGAUUGUUUAUGAAUCAGAUCUUCUCUCUAAAUAUCAGAAAAACAUACACAUAGUGCCUGAAUGGAUCUCAAAUGAGAUCAGUUCUACCAAGAUUCGGAGAGCGUUGCGUCGUGGUGACAGUAUCAAGUAUCUGGUCAGUGAUCCAGUCAUAGAGUACAUCCACAAGAAUGGGCUCUACCUCGGCUGUGAUAAUAAGUAUGAGCUGUAUCCUGACAACCCUGCGAGUAUAUUCCUGACCCCUUCGCCCAGUGAUGUGGUGAUGACUCCGACCAACAUGAUCGAUGUCCCGGACAACUCUGGUAAUUACGUCUCUGACCACAACCAAGAGAACGCGAGACGGUCUCUUCCGAGGCCCGGUGGUCCCGUCAAGGUCACGGAGGAGGUGGGGAGGGGGAAGGUGAGGUUCCAAGACCCUGUUGACGACUUGGAUGAUUUACCCAAAGUGGAAAUCCAAAUAACGGAGGAUGGAACCAUUCAAGUCAUUAGCGAUAAGGAGACAACUGUUUAAUAAUUUCUGUGAUGUCGGAAAAGAAAUGCUUCCAUUAUGAAUUCAUAUUAUUUCUUGUAGAAUCUCUGCUUGGCAAUAGAUUUAUUAUUGUUUGAGUUCCUGGUUCAUACUAUUUAUGUGUUUGAAUCAACUUCAAACACUCUUUACAUUUCAAGGUUGUGAGUUCAAUGGUGUUCAGAGUCAAUCCUUCACAAACAGACUUAACACAAUUACUUUAUCAAUAAGUAAAUAGGUCGCUAUUAUUUUAUAUACUACAUCAUAAUAUAUAACAGCGUUAUUUUCUAAAAUUAAUGUGAAAAAUAGGUUGUGUAACACGUGUCUUAAGAGAUUUUU